GCCCGGGCUAGGGAAGCGGAGGGCGGGGACACUCUGGCCCGGCUCUCGGUGGUGCGGGAGCAGCGGCCGCUCUGGUCGGCGGACGUGCUGCUGAGCAGUCCCGGAAGCGAAGCAGCGAUGGCGGAGAGUCCGACUGAGGAGGCGGCGACGGCGACGGCGGGUGCCGGGGCGACAGGCCCCGGGGCGAGCGGCGUUGCUGGUGUGGUCGGCGUUAGCAGCAGCGGCGGCGGUGGGUUCGGGCCGCCUUUCCUGCCGGAUGUGUGGGCGGCGGCGGCAGCGGCGGCGGGCGGGGCCGGGGGGCCGGGGAGCGGCCUGGCUCCGCUGCCCGGGCUCCCGCCCUCGGCGGCUGCCCACGGGGCCGCGCUGCUUAGCCACUGGGACCCUACGCUCAGCUCCGACUGGGACGGCGAGCGAACCGCGCCGCAGUGUCUACUCCGGAUCAAGCGGGAUAUCAUGUCCAUUUAUAAGGAGCCGCCUCCAGGAAUGUUCGUUGUACCUGAUACUGUUGACAUGACUAAGAUUCACGCAUUGAUCACAGGCCCAUUUGACACUCCUUAUGAAGGGGGUUUCUUCCUGUUCGUGUUUCGGUGUCCGCCUGACUAUCCCAUCCACCCACCUCGGGUCAAACUGAUGACAACAGGCAAUAACACAGUGAGGUUCAACCCCAACUUCUACCGCAAUGGGAAAGUCUGCUUGAGUAUUCUAGGUACAUGGACUGGCCCUGCCUGGAGUCCAGCCCAGAGCAUCUCUUCCGUGCUCAUCUCCAUUCAGUCUCUGAUGACUGAAAACCCCUACCACAAUGAGCCUGGCUUUGAACAGGAAAGACAUCCAGGAGACAGCAAAAACUACAACGAAUGUAUCCGACAUGAGACCAUCAGAGUUGCAGUCUGUGACAUGAUGGAAGGAAAGUGUCCCUGCCCUGAACCUCUACGAGGAGUGAUGGAGAAGUCCUUUCUGGAGUAUUAUGACUUCUAUGAGGUGGCCUGCAAAGAUCGCCUGCACCUUCAAGGCCAGACUAUGCAGGACCCUUUUGGAGAGAAGCGGGGCCACUUUGACUACCAGUCCCUCUUGAUGCGCCUGGGACUGAUUCGUCAGAAAGUACUGGAGAGGCUCCAUAAUGAAAACGCUGAAAUGGACUCUGAUAGCAGCUCAUCUGGGACAGAAACAGACCUGCAUGGGAGCCUGAGGGUUUAAACCCUGCUCCCUCUCCCCUCCCCCCACUUGAGAGUCCCAGCAGAGUCCCUUCCCCCCACCCCAGGGAUGGGGUGUAUCUCCCUCCCAACUUGAUGUCAUCCCUCAAGAUGACAAGAAGCAAGCAAGCUCGGAUCCCAGGGUGUGGGAAUGGGGGGCUGUUCCCAGUCUGACCUUGGCGCUGGAACACCUGGAGCUGUGUUCAUCCUGGAUCAGGGCCAAGGUACCUUUACAGGAGCACCUGGGGUGAGGCCCUCUGGCAAAACAUAACAACCAACACACCUCUCUUCAGGGCCAGCUCCUUAGGGAUCGAAGACAGAAAUUGCAAUUCCAAGAGGGAGUGUGCCCAAGUGACUUAUGGGGGUAUCUGGAAGGGAGCUUGGGGUGGGGGCUGUCUGUGACACUUAAGCAGUCUGGGUAUUUCUGUUUGUCUUCAGUCUUGAAGCAGGGCUUCCCAAUGCCCUUUUCCUCUCUGCCUCCCCUCCCUUGUUAUUCCCCACAGGCCAGCAUAAUUUUGUUUUUCCUAAUUUAUAGUCACUGUUCUAGACAGACCAAAGAGAAGGAACAGUGGUGGAGUCUAGGCUGCUGAUCAGUAAGCUUUACCUAGCACCUGAGCACCUUUCUCCCCCCCCCCCCACCAUUCCCUCACUGUUUUAGGUUUCAGACAGGGUA